CGUCCUGCGGCUCUGCAAUUUUUUUUUAAAUCCAGAGUUAUGAACGCUCUUUGUAACCGUUCGGUCGCGCAAUGACCAUUGCUGGGAAGUUGUCCCGCUCCUUGAGACUUCCAUUCUAUUUUAAUCCCCCCGCGCCGCCUUGCACACCUUCCAGCCGGAACUCAUAUACGGUGUGCUGCGCUGUGCUUUCUUGUCUGCCUCCUCCACACUGCCCUCCGCUAUCCGAUGCGACUUUCCGCUCCAAUUGACGGACUAAGACGUCCGUUACAUCAUUGUGAUUUUCUCUACGGGAUUUAAGUCUUGAGAAGGCUUCCUACCGUACGUUUUGAUUUUAUAGCAACCAAAGACCCAAUUUUUUUUCUUUUAUCUGGGGAGGAGGAUGGUUCGUUCACCCGACGACAAGCCCAUUCGCCCCCACUACCACAAUCAAGCAACUUUAGAAGACGAGAUAAGACUCUUCCCCAGCAACUUACGAUCAGAUGACCCCAAUGGAGUACCCAUAAUCCCCGGACAAACCAUGCCGAAGAGAAAAAAGAUAGGGGACUCCCCUUUCAAGAUCGUGGAUCGCAUAUCGGGCAAGGCCCGACAAAGUGGACCAGUCCGUGCCAGCAAGAAGGAGAUCCGUCCCCACGAGACUCACCCGUAUGAAAGGCCGACCAAACGUCCCCGUCAUCGCGCCGCCCCGGAGCCGUCACGGUCUGGAAGCAUUCUCGGCCUCGUCGACAAGGAGACCGAUGCGCACCCCGCGCUGGAUACCUCUCCCCCUACCACACACCCGUCACGUAUGUCUCCCACCUCGAGCCACCGAUCAGCCAAGUUGAGAAAGACGCGGAAUAACUUAUUUGCCCUGGAAGAGUUUCGCGGUGUCGAGAAGAACGUCAAACCCCCGCAGCAGCAGCAGCAGCAGCAGCAGCACAGGAAGGGCAAUGCUAAGCACGGCAAGAAACAUCCCGCCCCGGCUUCUCGGGCCGACGAUGCCCGCGAGGAACGCUUCACGGAGGAUGCCGCGGCUGAGAGGCGUCGUCGAGCUUCCUCGGAUGAUGGUGGCUUUUCCAGGAUCGACGGCUCGAAGCGUGCGCCCAAGCAUGAGGUCCUCCGAGGUGUGGAGAUUUCCCCCUCCAAGAAUCGCAAUCCUGGUAAAGGUGCACUGGCUCGUUCACCUCGUCAAAACGGCCUGGCUUCGCCUACGAGGACUAGAGACCCAUCCGAGUCACAGGACAGUCCGGACGAGUUGCAAGUCACGGUCGAGGUGCGCCGGAGUAAGAAAAUUCCGGGAAAGGGCGAGAUUGAUAAUCAAGUAGCCCUGGAGAAAGAGCACCGGCAAUCGUCACCGGCCGAUAUCCAACACACGGUCUUUACUCCCUCCAAAACUAAGCGCGGACUGAAGGGGAAGAAGCAGAAGUACACUACUAAUAAAGCAGCCUCCACUACAAAGUCGUUUGGGAUCAUCUAUGCCCGCUUUGGGCCUAUUGAGCAGCAUGCUGAUCAAAGAAAUGGUGUCGAGCUUCUCAUGGACCUUGAGCGAGGGAUUAUCUUGUUGCAUAAUCAAAACGACCCGGCAGAAUGCUUUGAGCUCCCUCUGAGUAAAGUCACCAAGGCCACCGGGGGACUUCCUCCGAGUGGCAAGAUCAGACUCCUCUUGUCUAAGAUGGAAGGGCUCGAUCAGAAGUUAGACCUAGAGCUUUCUUCGGCCGAAGAAAAAGAACGAUUCUCCGAUGGUCUCCGGGGUUGGAAUAUCGAGCCGUUGCUGCAGGACGAGGCCUGGUUGGAGAAAGCCUUUCACACUCACGAUAGAGAACUAAAACAACACCCUUAUGGACUUAAGAGACCGUUGCCUGCAGGUCUGCAGAGAGGUACUGAGAAUUCCGCGUUGCCGGUCAAAAGAAUGCGCCUCUCAGACUCUCUGCAAGACGAAAGAGGAAACCCCACAGUCACCGCCCCUCGGGAACUUCCCGGCCCCUCCAAUUCUGCAGCCAAGUCCUCCCCGUCUUCACCGGACGUCAGUCCUCGCGCAUCCAAACUAUCCUCCGCUUGGAGUGUGCAGAUCCCCGUAAAGGUUCAUACUUCGCCGACACUUCCAGCGUCCAAUCGUCAGACUAGAGCCAUGUUACGUCGCCUUCCGUCGACCACCAUCGUGAGUGAUGACGACGAUGAAGCGAACCAGUCAACCCAGUCACAGUCCGAUGGACCUGUGAAAAAGUGGCAUAAACCCCUUGUUUACCCCCGAUCCGGGAAGAAAAAGGCCGAGGUCAACAUGCAAGACCGUGACCGACUUCGCAAAAAUGACGAGUUCCUGAACGACAAUCUCAUUGAGUUCUACAUCCGCUUUUUGCAGGAACACCUCAGUCGAACGAACGAAGAUGUGGCCAAGAGAGUAUAUUUCUUCAAUUCGUUUUUCUAUGACACUCUCAUGAAUGUGCCACGGGGGAAGAAAGGCAUCAACUACGACGGCGUGCAGAAAUGGACCAGGAACGUUGACAUCUUCAACCACGAUUUCGUCGUCGUGCCCAUCAACGAACAUGCCCAUUGGUAUGUUGCCAUCAUAUGCAAUUUACCGAAUCUGCAGGACCUUGCCGAGCCGCAAGUCUACGAUGAGCCACUGUCCAGCCAGGUGCAGUCAUCGUCUCAGUUGGACAGUCAGGUCCAAGAGAUACCGGAAACUCCUCCGCCCGAGGUUCCUCGCACUGCACAAGGGGCGUCGAUAGCUCCCGAUGCCGAGCCUGCGAAGGAAGAACAGACUCGCCAUUCGCUGGCUUCGAUGACCUUGGCCGAUGAACCCCCCAAGAACGCUUCCAAGGAGGGGACGCCGGUGGAGGAGUGGCCCGAUCGCGAGGAGGUUUCGUCUAUUCCUGUGCAGGCCUUCCCCAAAACUCAGGCGGAGCAGCCGUCGUCGCAGACAGCUUGUUCGCAAGAGGCCGUCAAGGCCUCGGAUGCUGCCAAGGCAUCGCGAAAACAGGCGACGAAGCGGACGAGCAAAGCCGACGUCAACCAACCCACCAUCAUCACCUUCGACUCGUUAGGCGUGACUCGCAGUCCUACCUCCCGAAUCCUGCGCGAUUACCUGUACGAGGAGGCGAAAUCCAAGAAAGGCGUCGAGAUCAACACGAAGCUCAUUCGAGGCAUCACGGCUCAGAAGAUUCCGCUGCAGCCCAACUACUCCGACUGCGGGUUGUAUCUACUGGCGUACUUGGAGAAAUUCGUGCAGGACCCGGACACGUUCAUCCGGAAGAUACUCCAGAAGGAGGACGGCGACUGGCCACCGCUCAAGUCGGGACAUCUCCGCAAAAGACUGCGCAAGUUUCUCGACGCGCUGUAUGAUGAACAGGAGCAGAUGAGCAAACAGGAAAGUAGUGCCAAGGAGACCAUGGCGGAUCGCAAGCCGAUCUGUUAUCUGUUAGGGUCUCCUUGGGUAUCGCCGCAAGCGCAGCGUGGGGUGGAGACGGAGUCGCCGAUAAAAGCGACCGGGAACCAGACUAUGCAGUCCCCGUCUCGGGCGCCUGAGCAACGACCAGAUCCAGAGUCACCGACGAAAGCUGCGGUCUCGAAGGAUGAUGUUCAAGUUAGCGAACAGAAGGAUGAGGCGGCGGGCGUGAAGGAUCACGAAGAACGGGAGGCGGCAGACGAAGUUCGUCUGGUGUCGUCUACGACGGACGAGACGGGACCGUCUGGUCCGCACCCGAUUCGGCAGGAAGUUAUCGAAGUUCCGGACAGUCAGGAGCCGGCUGCGUCCUUGAAGGCGAAGUCGGAGACCACGCGGCCAGUAACCCCGGUUCCGUUGCCGUCCACGGUUAGGUCGGAGGUCAGCAAGAGGUAUACACCGCUGCAUCUGUCUGCCGCGGCCACGGAGUCGGAUAGUAAGAUGGGUAACAAAGACGGUGGGGCUGUGCCAGACACGGUUGUUGAGACCCAGGUUCCCGGGACACCUUCGAAGUCGUUGCUUGUCAAAGACAGUCCGUCUAAGAAAUGCUGAGUGCAUGUUGCUGAUUAGCAUAUAUCUGGAUUUUCCCUUUUGUUGUUUUGAUAUUGCAUUUCGAUCUCUCUGGCGUUCGGGACAUUGUGGGAUACAUUUAGCAGUAGCAUAGAUACCAGAUACCAAGCUUGCUUGCAUUUGCGUGCGAUGUGGGGGUGGGGGUUUGUUUCAAUGUACAUGACUUAUGAUUAUGGUUCGAACA